CCGUGCAGGGAUGCGUGGCCACUUCCAGCCUCCUGCUGGGACAUCCUGCCCUGACAGGGUCCAAACCCCCACCGCCUCCAGCCCACGCGCGCAGGGAGCGUGCACGUGGUGACCUGCCCGGGCCCGGUUCCAGGCUGGCUGGCUCCUCCUCCCUCCGGCUCUCGCUCUUCUCUCUGCAGUAUCACGUGCAGCCGCGCCGGGUGCAGGAUGGCGGCAGCGGCAGCCGCCGUGGGUGUCAGACUCCGGGACUGCUGCAGCCGGGGCGCUGUGCUCCUGCUCUUCUUCUCCCUGUCCCCUCGGCCCCCCGCCGCCGCCGCCUGGCUGCUGGGCCUGAGGCCCGAGGACACCGCCGGAGGCCGCGUGUCCCUGGAGGGGGGCACCCUCCGCGCGGCAGAAGGCACCAGCUUCCUCCUGCGGGUCUAUUUCCAGCCGGGGCCCGCAGCCCCCGCGGCGGCGCUGGCGCCCGCACCCACCCUCUCCUCGGGGGCGAACGGCACGGGCGACCUGGCCCCGCGGCUCGUGUUCAUCGAGGAGCCGCCGGGCGGGAGCGGCGUGGCGCCCAGCGCCGUCCCCACGCGCCCGCCGGGGCCGCAGCGCUGCCGCGAGCAGAGCGACUGGGCGUCGGACGUGGAGGUGCUGGGGCCCCUGCGCCCCGGAGGCGCGGCCGGCUCGGCCCUGGUGCAGGUGCGGGUGCGGGAGCUGCGCAAGGGGGAGGCGGCGCGGGGCGGCGCGGGCGGCGGGAAACUCUUCUCGCUGUGCGCCUGGGACGGGCGCGCCUGGCACCACCACGGCGCCGCCGGCGGCUUCCUGCUGCGCGUCCGCCCGCGGCUCUACGGCCCCGGCGAGGGCCUGCUGCCCCCCGCGUGGCUGCGCGCGCUCGGGGCGCUGCUGCUGCUCGCGCUGUCCGCCCUGUUCAGCGGCCUGCGCCUGAGCCUGCUGUCGCUGGACCCCAUCGAGCUGCGGGUGCUGCGGAACAGCGGCUCGGCCACCGAGCAGGAGCAGGCGCGCCGCGUGCAGGCGGUGCGGGGCCGGGGCACGCAUCUGCUCUGCACGCUGCUCCUGGGCCAGGCCGGCGCCAACGCGGUGCUGGCCGGCUGGCUGUACACCUCGCUGCCGCCGGGCGUCGGGGGCCCCGGGGGAGAAGAGGACGACUACGGCGGCGAGGCCGGGAUUCACUUCCCGUGGCUGCCGGCGCUCGUAUGCACCGGCGCCGUGUUCCUGGGCGCGGAGAUCUGCCCCUAUUCCGUGUGCUCGCGGCACGGGCUGGCCAUCGCCUCGCACAGCGUGUGCCUGACCCGGCUCCUGAUGGCGGCCGCGUUCCCCGUGUGCUACCCGCUGGGCCGCCUGCUGGACUGGGCGCUGCGCCAGGAGAUCAGCACGUUCUACACGCGGGAGAAGCUGCUGGAGACGCUGCGGGCCGCGGACCCCUACAACGACCUGGUGAAGGAGGAGCUCAACAUCAUCCAGGGCGCCCUGGAGCUGCGCACCAAGGUGGUGGAGGAGGUCCUGACCCCGCUGGGGGACUGCUUCAUGCUGCGCUCCGACGCCGUGCUGGACUUCUCCACCGUGUCCGAGAUCCUGCGCAGCGGCUACACCCGCAUCCCCGUGUACGAGGGCGACCAGCGGCACAACAUCGUGGACAUCCUGUUCGUCAAGGACUUGGCCUUCGUGGACCCCGACGACUGCACCCCACUCCUCACCGUCACCCGCUUCUACAACCGGCCCCUGCACUGCGUCUUCAACGAUACUCGGCUGGACACGGUGCUGGAGGAGUUUAAGAAGGGGAAAUCUCACUUGGCCAUUGUCCAGCGGGUGAAUAAUGAGGGAGAAGGGGACCCCUUCUACGAGGUGAUGGGCAUUGUCACACUGGAGGACAUCAUAGAGGAGAUCAUCAAGUCAGAGAUAUUGGAUGAAACUGACCUCUACACCGACAACCGGAAGAAGCAGAGGGUCCCGCACCGGGAGAGGAAGCGGCAUGACUUCUCCUUGUUUAAGCUCUCUGACUCGGAGAUGAGAGUGAAGGUCUCCCCGCAGCUUCUGCUGGCCACACACCGCUUCAUGGCCACAGAAGUGGAACCCUUCAAGUCUCUGUACCUCUCGGAAAAGAUCCUGCUCCGGCUCCUGAAACAUCCCAACGUGAUCCAGGAGCUGAAGUUUGACGACAAGAACAAGAAAGCCCCGGAGCAUUACCUCUACCAGCGCAGCCGCCCGGUGGACUACUUCGUGCUGCUGCUCCAGGGGAAAGUGGAGGUGGAGGUUGGUAAGGAAGGCCUUCGCUUCGAGAAUGGAGCCUUCACCUACUAUGGUGUCCCCGCCAUCAUGACCACUUCUUGCUCAGAUAAUGAUGUGCGGAAGGUGGGAAGCCUGACUGGAUCCUCUGCCUUCCUAAACCGCUCCCCUUCACGCUGCAGCGGGUUGAACCGCUCCGAGUCUCCCAACCGUGAGCGCAGUGACUUUGGGGGCAGCAACACCCAGCUGUGCAGUAGCAACAACCUCUACACUCCUGACUACUCAGUCCACAUCCUCAGCGACGUGCAGUUUGUGAAGAUCACGCGGCAGCAGUACCAGAAUGCACUCACCGCCUGCCACAUGGACAAUUCACCCCAGUCCCCCGACAUGGAGGCCUUCACGGACGGGGACUCCACCAAGGCCCCCACGACCCGGGGCACACCCCAGACCCCCAAGGAUGACCCUGCUGCCAUCCUCCUAAACAGGAACAGCCUGCCAUGCAGCCGCUCCGAUGGGCUGAGAAGCCCCGGCGAGGUCGUGUACCUGAGGAUGGAGGAGAUGGCCUUCCCCCAGGAGGAGAUGACAGACUUCCAGGAGCACAGCCCACAGCAGCUCUCCGUGUCUCCUGCAGCCAUUCCCGCAAGAGCAGCAUCGGAGAGCGAAUGUUGUAAUAUCAACCUGGAGACAGAGACCAGUCCCUGCAGUAGUGACUUGGAGGAAACCAUGGGCAAGAGGCUGCUGAGAACCCUGAGUGGUCGAAAAAGAAAGAGGUCACCCGAUGGAGAGAGAGCUUCUGAGGAGAACUCCAAUUUAACACCUCUCAUCACAUGAUGGGCAGACAACUGUUGCUGGGUGUGUGACAUUCCAGAGCUUUGGGGGAGAACCCACCCUCCCAUCAUCUGCUUCUCCCCAAGGCCUCCCGCAGGUGACAGAGCAUUCCGCUUCCCUCACCACCUCUCCACCCCUGUCAGUUUGGCAGACUUCCCCUCGUCGCCUCCAGUUGGACUCAGAGCCUUGCGGUGGCCAAGAUGGAAGGAGGUGCCUCGAGUGGAACAUGCUAGAAAUGGCCUUGUCCACAGCACAGUCUGGGACUGGAGAAGACAUGACUCAAAGUUGACAAUGCCACUCUGGGGCCCCUAAUGCCCUUUUUGUUCUUUGAGAUCCCAAUGCCAUACUUCAUGCGUAGCUUAGCUCAGAAGGUGCCGCUGACAGGCACAGUGGAGGCUGGAGCAGCAAGCAUGAUGGUUGUUCAGAAGAUGCACCAAGAGUUCCUCCAGAACUUCCGGGCAGCGGGAUUCAGCCAUGUGGGAAUGACGUUACCAUACAGAGAACUGUUGGUGACGGGUUUCCUGCUAGAUAAGGGCUCCAGCAGCCUGGGAACUGGGGUCUCAGCUGGAGUGGAAAGAAUGCGAGACGGAACCUCAAGUCACUGAUUUUCCCAGGGACACAUCUGCUUUGGCUCCCAAUCGGCAGUUACUGAUCCAUCAAUCUGCUCCGGAAGAGGAGGAACUGGGAACAGAUCCGAUCGGGGGCCAGAGAUGGAGCUUCAGGUUUUAAGUUCAAAUCAAAGCAAAUAUAUAUUUACCCAUAUAUAUGUGUGUGUGUAUAUAUAUGGAAAAAUUCUAAGCUGUUGAAGCAAGUUUAGCCAUGACAAACCAAAGAGUGCCCACGUCAGCUAAGAAGGAUGCAAGGUCUCAUUGGACUUCAAGUGUGCAUUGCACAGGAACAUUGAAAAGUCAUUCCCCUUUUUCAUCCUACCCCUUACUGCACCCCAGCAAGUUAGCCAUGUGUACUUUAUUCCAAGAACGUACUAGAUUUCUGCCAUUUCACUUGGAUGUGGGGGCAGAUGCAAUUCCAAGCAUAACCACCAGAUGGCAGGAUGACUGCACGUACCUACUUGAAUUUAAAAAAAAAACCGUUCUGAUCAGGACACAGAGCCAGCUUUAGGGAAAGUGUGGAAAUGAAGGUCUUUGGGACGCUUUCUGAUCUAUUGCCCUGAUCCAGUGCUGCCUGCUGAAUCUCCAAACCAUUCCCUAACUUUUCCCUGGAGUGGGCCAUCAGGCUUCCCUUCCCUUCCUCCACAACCAUUACUCCUAUGGCCCCAUUCAAUCAAUAAUCAUGAUGAUUCCUCUGGGUUAUUUGCAGCUUACCCAUAGGAACCUUUAACUCAGGGGUUCUUAACUUGGGGUCCCUCACCCCAGGGGGUCCAUAGUUGGACUUCAUAGGGUCUAUGAAACCCCUACCACUAGGAAUUCAGUGUCUGUGUUCUUAUGCCUGUUUUCCAGAGGGCUAAAGCUUUCAUGGAUCCUCAAAGGUCCCGGGCCCACAAAAAGUUAAAAACUAUUUUAACUGAAAGUGGAGCUUUCAGCCCAAAGUUUCUGCAAUGCAGAGUGAAAUGAGUUCUGGCAGUUUGAGGUCUAUUUUUAAUUGUAAAUGGUCUUCGCAAGUGUCCUUGAAACUGAUGGGGAGAGCUGGCACCCUCCGAGAAGUGGAAGUCCUCAGAAAUUCUUGGCACACCCUAGGCUGUUGUACAGCCUACACCCCACAUAACUUCAUCCCCUCUCCCCCUCCGAACUGGAGCAGGUGUUGCAGACAGGAGGGCCACGGCUUGUGGAAGUAAAGACUUUGCAGCUGGCGAUGCCUUUUCCGGCAGCAUAUUUAGCAAUGUAUUACUGACUUCACAUCCCUUGCCUGGCUCUGCCUGAGGCUCAGUAGUGCAUGACGUCGAUAGUUCCAAGACUACCCAACACCUACUCUUGCCUAGUAGGAAUAGCAGUGUCACCCCCUCACCCCGCCCUGUGCUGGGUGCCUCAGACCCAAACCAGGGGACUGAGUUUCAAGUAAGAACUGUUAUGCAGUCUUCUUGCAUUACCACUUAGGCCACAGGGCUCAGGCCACUGCUGUUGUGUUACAUCCAUCCCUUUGCAGAAUCCCUAAGGAGCCUGUCACCUCUCUCAUCCCUGUUCCCCACCCCCAAUUUUCUUCAGGUUACAGAAAGUUAAAAAAAAAAAAAAAAAAAAAAAAAGGACUUUAAUUUUAAAAUAAAGCAUUUAU